AUGCAACAGUCUAUAACACAAAUCGUUAUUAUAUUGACUUUAAUAUUUGUUUGUUCAUACGGUCAAUUAUCGAUUGUUUCUCGAUUUCGAGAUAGAUAUCGUUCAUUUAAAAAUGUUAAAUUGGUGUCAACGAAUACUAAUAACAUCUGUGUUAAUUGUGUUAACAGUACGUGUAAUUUACCACGUGGUUAUUGUUUCAUCGAUAAUUUAUGUCUUCAAGACGGUGAUGCUCGUUAUAUGUGUUUAGAAUGUAAUUCAUCUCAGAAUCAAUUUGAAUGGUCAUACAAUCCAUCAUGUUCAGUUGGAAAUGCAUAUUGUUCUAAUCCACAAUUUAUAGCACAACAUAUAUGUAAUUCAUCCGUAAUCAAUGCAUUCUAUGAAGACUUUCAUAAUGCAACAGUCAAUCUAUAUAAUCCAAAGUGUUCGAGUUUAUUCUGUGAACCUGGUUUUUUCUAUUCAACAUCAGUGAAUAACAGUAAUAGUAUAUCACCAACUAAUAUGUAUUCUUGUUGUCCAGGUUAUUUUUGUCCUGAUGGUCAAAUAUGUAUGAUACCUUGUCGCGAUGCAGCGUAUUGUCCAUCACCUUUGAUACCAAACAAUGGUUUUUGUCUGACGAAUGUUGAUUGUCCACAAAAUGCGCCCAGUCAAUUCAAUGCAUUUGGUUGUGGUGGAUCAUCGGUCGAAGGUUUCUGUCAAUCUGGAUCUUAUUGUCCAAAUUCAUCGACAGAAAUCUCAUGUCAAAAUUUGGAUUCUGUUUAUUGUCCAUCAGGAGUAACAAGUCCAAUCGAUUGUCCAACUGGUUUUACAUGUCAAAAUGGGAUUCUCGACAGCGAUCAAAUUUUUAAUACAGCAAUGGCUGUUGUUUUAGUUCCAUUCGGCAUUUUAAUUGGAAUUCGUCUUAUCGUGAAUAUUGGAAUCCUUCAAUUCGUAGUCAAAAGAUACGAACAUUUCACAUGUUGUUCUCUAGAAAACAGUAAACGAAGAAAGAAAACGUAUGUUGUAAAUAAGAAAAAGACAAGUGAUUAUUUUAAGAAGUCUACUGAGUCAUUUGAACGAAAGUAUAAUGGUUUUAAUAUUGAAUUAGAAAAUGGCAGAUUGGAUAUACCAAAAUGGACAAAAGAUAACAAAGGUUUUACAUUUUGUAUUGAAAGUGGACAAAUAAAUGGUAUUAUGGGUCAAUCAGGUUGUGGAAAAACAAGUUUACUUUAUACAAUUCAAGGAAGAAAAAGUUUACAAAAAGAAAGUCAAAUCAUUUUUAGUGAUCGAAAUACAAAGAAUGAUCAUUUUCAUCCAUUACAUCCAGGACUUUCUCAUAUCAUUGGUUAUGUUCCACAAGAUGAUAUAAUGCAUUCUGAUUUAACUGUUUUUGAAUCAAUUUAUUUUUCAGCAUGUUCAAGAAGAUUAAAAGAUGAGAGAGAAAUAAUUCGAAAGGAUAUCAAAUUCAUUUUAAAUCAAUUAGAUAUGACACAUAAAGCAAAUACAAAAACGGAAAAAUUAUCUGGAGGAGAAAAGAAACGAGUUAACAUUGCCAUGGAAAUGAUAACUUGUCCGAAAAUUUUAUUACUUGAUGAACCAACAUCAGGUUUAGAUACGGUUAUUUGUGAUAAAGUUUUUCAUUUAUUAAAUUUAAUUAAACAAAAUCAAUUAUGUUCUGUAAAUAUUAUUUUAAUCAUUCAUCAACCAAGUUAUGAAUUAUUUCAACAAAUUGAUCAUUUAAUUUUACUCAAUCCUGAUUGUUAUUUAGCUUAUUAUGGUCAACGACAAUAUGCUUUACAACAUUUACGUAAUCAUGUACAUUUUAAUGAAAAUACUGAAGAAUAUCAACGAAUCCAUAAAUCGAAGAAUGACUGUGAUUCUUGUAUUUAUGCAUUGGCUCAUUAUUCAAAUAAAAAUGCCAUUGAAAAUCAAUUCAAAAUACCUUUACAAUGUCAAAAUCCAGUUCUAUUCGAUUUCAAAUCAAUCAAUCGAGAAUCCAUUUUUUUACCAACAAUUUAUAUUAUUCAUCGAACAUUUAUACAAAUAUUUCAAAGAAAUUAUGGAGUUGAAGCAAUUUAUGCUCUGGCAUUUUUUCUUUUAGGUACAAUUCUUGGUCGUUUAUUUCGAAAUCAAGCUCAAUCGUGUAAUAUUCAAUCAUUACCAUCAACUUAUUUUAUGAUUAGUUUAGUUUUUGGAAUGGCAACAUGUAUUUCAAGUCAACGUUUAUUUGGAAUAGAAAUUGUUGAUAAAACAUUUCUAAGAGAAUCAAGAAAUUUUUAUCAUCCAAUUCAAUAUUGGUUUGCAAAAACAUUUGUGGAUUUAAUUCAUUUAUUUCUUUAUCCUUUGUUAUUUUUAAUAAUGUUAUAUAUUGAAAUUGUACCAAGAUCAACUUUUGCUCAAUAUUAUUCGGUAUUUCUUUCGAUGACUUUUGCUUGUUCAGCGAUUGGACAAUUUAUUUCAGUUGUUUGUCAAAAAACAGAAAAUUCUUAUUUAGCAGCAACAUUAAUUGCUUUGAUUUCUUGUCUUAUCAGUGGUUUUAAUCCAACAAAAAAAGAUACAUUACAUGAUUUUGUUUAUUUAUCAUUUUCUCGACAUGUUCAACGACAAUUAUUUCUUUAUGAUUUUCAAGAAUAUGUUCAAAAUGUUUCAUCAAAUAGUUUAUGGGAUACACAAAUUGAUGCUGUACGUCUUUAUUAUUCUUUUCAAGAUAAUGAACAAUCAUUUCUUUGUCUUAUUGCUAUUGGAAUCAUAAUGAGACUUUUAACUUUGAUUUUUCUUUAUGGAAGAUCAGAAUAUCGAUCUAAAUUUCGAUUUUAUGUGUCAAAAUUAUUUGAUCGAAUAGGUUAUCGUUCGUAA